CUUUUAAUGGACGCAUCUGGAGACUACAGCACGCCUGUCAGAGUGACUCCCAGACUCAUAGACCAGCUGCAGGAGUUAGAGCCCCGAGUGGUGCGCAGACGCUUGUCUCAGGCCCGGCGCCGGGCGACGCUGGCCGGACUCUUCAACAGCCUUAGGAGAACGGUUUUUUCUCAGUCUAAUAGUACAGCACCAAAGUGGCAGGUUUUAUGUAAGGCGAAGAAUUACAUUCAGGAACUGGAGCAAACAUUGGAUAAUUUGCUGAAGAUGAAAGAAUCCUUCAACCUGGAGGAUGGAAAUGCAUCCACUUUAGAGGAGGUCAAAGAAGAGUAUGCCAGGAUGUACUCCAACAAUCACAGCAUGACAUCAGAAGCCAUGGGAGAGAACGGUUCAGCAGUCUGGUAUCUGAUUCAAGAGUUUGACAGAGAAGUUGUGGAGGAGGAAGAAGAGGAGAGAAGGGGUGAACUCUCUCACUCCUCUCCUGACUUGAUGGAAUUUGAACGAUACCUCUAUUUCUACAAGCAGACAGUGGACCUUCUGAUCCAGAAUGGAGUUAUCUCCCCUGAACAGGUGGUCCUGCCCAUCGUCUCUACAGCCAUCUCCCAUCUGUGGCAAGAGCUUCCAGAAGAGAAGAGAGGAAGCAUUCUCCAGGCCUGUGCUCAGAGACAAAGUGGCUUUGUAAAUGCAGAGGCUCCAAGCCGGGAGCCUGUGUGUGCUGCCGAGGGCAGUGUGAAGGACAGUGGAGGCGGCAGCCAAGGGGCCAGUGGAUUUCUGGUCUCCACCCCAGAGGAGAUCCUUUUUGAAGAUGCAUUUGACGUGGCCACAGGUGCGACCAGCCCCAGUUCAGUGUUUGCAGGCUGCAGCUCAGAAAAUCCAGAGGAAAACAAUCAUCUCUAUGUGCAGAUCAUCAGUUUCUUAAAGGGCCUUUUCUGUGCUAACACACAGUUGCCACAGGAAGCAACCAUCCCACUCGAUGAUGAGACAGUGAUGCUGAGAUGCACUGAGACCUUUGAUGAUGACGAUUUGUAAGAAAGGAAGCCUGGGAGGUUUCCGUAACUGAAUGCAUUGCUGAAAGCUGAGAUCACACCCAGGCUUCCAUUUGAGGGCUUCUGGGGUGGGCUUUCCUGGGAGCAUUUGGAAUGGUCUUAGGUUCUGACUGUUUAUAAAGUAUUUAACUGUAAGCCUUC